UCUGUGGAGAUGGAAAUCUGGGCCUUCAGUUCCCGCCCCAGAGACGCGGGGACACUUAUUUGGAGGCGUUGGGCAGCAGAUGGUGCUCCAAGGGGGCAGGCAGAUAGACUGAAAACAGAAACUACCCCAAACCAUAAAGGGGAUGACUUUCGCAGAACACCUCCCUCCUUGGAAACACUCAGAAGACGAUGUCAGCCCAGUCCCUUCCUGCAGCAACGCCGCCCACCCUGAAGCCCCCUCGGAUCAUCCGCCCCCGCCCUCCUUCUCGCCACCGGACUCCACACUCCCCGGGGCCUCCCCACAAUGGCUCCUCAUCGAAAGCGCUCCCCCAGAUUCCCAAUGAUGCGUCGGCCUCCAUGUGCACCUCCAUCUUCUGGGAGCCCCCCGCGUCUUCCCUGAAGCCCCCCGCCCUUCUGCCCCCCUCAGUCUCCAGAGCCAGCCUGGACUCUCAGACGUCCCCCGACUCGCCUUCCAGCACACCCAGUCCCAGCCCGGUGUCCCGGCGAUCCGUCUCCCCAGAACCAGCUCCCUGCUCUCCAGUGCCCCCACCCAAGCCCACUGGGUCGCCCCGAUCACCCCUGCCCUCGCUCCCGAUGCCUCUCCAGGAUGGCUCUGCCUCGGCCCCUGGCACGGUUCGCAGACUGGCCGGCAAGUUUGAAUGGGGGGCCGAAGGCAAGGCCCAGUCCUCAGACUCCCUGGAGCGGUGCUCCCAAGGGGGCUCGGAUGUGAAUGGGGAGAAAGAGACUCCCCAAGUCGUCCUUUCCGGGAAUGGGUCCCAGGAGAAUGGCACUCCGGAUGCUGCCCUGGCCUGCCCUCCAUGCUGCCCCUGUGUCUGCCACGUAGCCAAGCCUGGCCUGGAGCUCCGAUGGGUGCCUGUGGGGAGUUCCGACGACAUCCUCAGGGCCCCCUGCCGAGCAUCCCCACUGCGAGCCUCCCGCUCCCGCAUCAACCCACCCGUCAUCAGUCACCCUCCAGUCGUCCUCACAUCUUAUCGCUCCACUGCUGAGCGCAAACUCCUACCUCCCCUCAAACCCCCGAAGCCCACUCGAGUCAGACAGAAUUCGAGCGCCUCUGGGGAGCUUCCACAGCCGGACCUGGAACUGCCUUCGGAAGAUGGGAUCCAAACAGGGGACAGGCCUGAAGAAGGACCUCAGAAUGUUCCUCCUGCAGCCUUGGAGGGAAGGGAUGAGGAGGGGCUGGAGGGAUUGAAGGAACAGCAGUGGGAGCUGCCCCUGCAGGACGAACCUUUAUACCAGACUUACAGAGCAGCUGUGCUAUCAGAGGAGCUGUGGGGUGUGGGUGAGGAUGGGGGCCCCUCUCCGGCUAAUCCCGGAGAAGCUCCCACCUUCUCCAGGCUCCCUGGACCUCGGAACACUCUGUGGCAGGAGCUCCCGGCUGUGCGAGCCAGUGGUCUCCUAGAGAGCCUAAGCCCCCAGGAAAGGCGUAUGCAGGAGAGCCUGUUUGAGGUGGUGACCUCAGAGGCCUCCUACCUACGCUCUCUGAGGCUACUGACUGACACCUUCGUCCUGAGCCGGGCUCUCCGGGACACACUCACUCCUCGGGAUCAUCACACACUUUUCUCCAACGUGCAGCGAGUCCAGGGUGUCAGUGAGCGGUUUCUGGGAACAUUACUAUCCCGUGUCCGUUCUUCCCCACACAUCAGUGACCUGUGCGACGUGGUGCAUGCCCACGCAGUCGGUCCCUUCUCAGUGUAUGUGGAUUACGUCCGGAACCAGCAGUAUCAGGAGGAGACCUAUAGCCGCCUUAUGGACACUAACGUGCGCUUCUCGGCGGAGCUGCGACGGCUGCAGAGCCUCCCCAAAUGCGAGCGGCUUCCGCUGCCGUCUUUCCUGCUGUUGCCCUUCCAGCGCAUUACCCGGCUCCGGAUGCUGCUGCAGAAUAUCCUAGGCCAGACAGAGGAGGGGUCCAGUCGCCAGGAGAAUGCCCAGAAGGCCCUGAGUGCUGUGAGCAAGAUCAUCGAGCGCUGCAGCGCUGAGGUGGGGCGCAUGAAGCAGACGGAAGAGCUGAUCCGACUCACCCAAAGGUUGCGCUUCCACAAGGUCAAGGCUCUGCCCCUGGUCUCCUGGUCACGGCGCCUGGAACUGCAGGGGGAGCUGACAGAGCUGGGGUUUCGGAGGGGGGGUGUGCUCUUCACCUCCCGCCCCCGCUUCACUCCCCUCUGCCUGCUGCUCUUCAGUGACCUGCUGCUUAUCACUCAGCCCAAGAGUGGGCAGCGGCUGCAGGUUCUGGACUAUGCCCAUCGCUCCCUGGUGCAGGCCCAGCAGGUUCCUGACCCGUCUGGACCCCCUACAUUCCGCCUCUCCCUUCUAAGCAACCACCAGGGGCGCCCCACCCACAGGCUACUCCAAGCAGCCUCACUGUCAGAUAUGCAGCGCUGGCUGGGAGCUUUUCCCACCCCGGGUCCCCUUCCCUGUUCCCCAGACACCAUCUAUGAGGACUGUGAGUGUUCCCAGGAGCUGUGUUCAUCAGAGCCAUCGACACCUUCCAAGACGGAGGGCCAAAGUCUGGACUCCAAGGUCCCCCGCAAGCAUCCACACAAGAAUCCUGAAGGUUGGCUGAAGGGGCUUCCUGGAGCCUUCCCUGCCCAAUUGGUGUGUGAAGUCACGGGAGAACAUGAAAGGAGAAAGCAUCUUCGCCAGCACCAGAAGCUCCUCGAGGCUGGGGGACCCUCUUCAGGCACUUCUGACACCCCUCAACCUUGAUGCAGGCUGGGGAGGGGGCGCAGAUUGGGACUCUGGCAGCAGAGAGGAGAAGACAAAGUCUGCCCAUCUGUCCAUAUCCAUCCAUCAUCUAUUUGCUGUCGGUGGGAACACUACCUCUAGUGGUACCCAAUAGAAAGAGAGCUUCAGGACAGAGCAGCUAAUGAAAGAGGCCAUCUGAGCCCACAACAAGAAAGAAUGAGGAUGGCUUGAAUGUGUUGCCAAUGGAGACAGAGUGGCCAAGGCCAAGACCCUGGCUAUCGGGAGUAUCACCGAGGAAGAGGAAGCGAGGGCGAUGUGUUGAAAUGGCGUCGUUGGAGUAUCCCUGUAGACAACUGGGAUGGACAGGAACCCAUUCAGCCAAAGAAGAUGGUGACUUGGGUCCAAGAGACCAGUAACCACCCUACUUGGUUCUACAGAAGCCACUGGUCCUGUCCUUUGAAUAUAGGAAGUAUUAAAUUAAUCUAAUACUUCUA